GCGAACAUAACAUCAUUGAAGUUGAAGCGCGAUAUUUAAGAGAGCAUCAAGUACUUCUUGUUCCUUUCUCACAAAGGAAAUUGCCACUGAUCAAAUAGACUAUAUAGACUUAUCUGCACUACUAUUAUAUAAGUGGAAAAAUAGUUAUUAACGGCUUAGUUUUCAGCAAGAUAAAUAAUUUGAAAUUUCAUCUUGAUAAAUAACUAGGAAAAAUUGAUGAACAAAUGCCCAUCUGAGACAUUCAUUAUAAUUGAUCAGUAAGUGAAGGGAGAGUGAAACUUUAUAAAAAAUACGAUCUAAGUGAUGUCUUCGACAAAAUGCAUUACCCUUGAAGAAGAGCUGAAGAAAAAUGCAGAACUGAAGUUGUCAGACAUACAGAUACUGAGAGAAUGGUGCGAAAAACAACCACAUCUGCCGAAAAUUCAAGACAUGGAGCUCGCCAUAUUUCUACACUGCAGUUACUAUCAUAUCGAGACAACGAAGAACAAAAUCGAGAAUUAUUACACUUACAGGACUCAUAUGCCGGAAAUAUUUUCCAAUCGGGACGUGUUGAAAGUGAAACGACUGCGAGACGCUUUCAAAGUCGGGGCUCAGCUUCAAUUAGAGGGUAAGACAAAGGAAGGAUAUAAUAUAAUGUUGGUACGGUUAGUCGAUCCAGAUCCUUCGAAUUUCUUCUGCAAUGAAUUUAUAAGUGCUGCUGUUAUGUCGUGCGACGAAUUUUCUCGUUCUCACGGAUCGCCUCUGGAGUAUAUAUACAUAUUCGAUGCCACAGGAACGACACUCGGACACGUGGCACGUUUAAACAUAUCAAUUAUAAAGAAAGUACUGGACUCUAUUCUAGACAUCAUAAUAGUACGCAUGAAAGGAAUACACUUAAUAAUUACGUCGUCAAUAGCCGAAAUGGGAUACAAUAUGAUAAAACCUUUCAUAAAUGCGGAAUUAAUAAAUUUG